AUGGCUGUUAACAUCCCAGGUGUGAUAUCAAUGGUGUUUUUCUACCUGCUGGUCCUUGGGACCGGCAUCUGGGCUUCUUUCAAGUCCAAAAGGGAGCAGAGGAAAAGUGGAGCCACAGGAAUAGAAAUGGCCCUGCUGGGAAACCGGAGCAUUAGCUUGGUGGUGGGGAUCUUCACAAUGACAGCUACGUGGGUCGGAGGAGCCUUCAUUGUCGGAACGGCUGAGAUGGUGUACACGCCCUCUAUGGGAUUAACUUGGGUGAUGGUGAUGUUAUUCGCAUACAGCGCAUCUUUUAUUAUUGCUGGCCUGGUGUUUGCAAAGCCAUUGAGAGACAGAAAGUGUGUAACAAUGCUGGACCCUUUUCAUGCCAAGUAUGGAAAAGUACUAACAGCUGGACUGAGUAUGGCUUCACUUUUUGUGGAUGUGCUCUGGGUGCCCACCACACUAAUUGGAUUAGGAGGAACCAUGAGUGUGGUCCUGGAUUUGUCUUUCAACAUCUGCAUCUGGAUCUCUGCUGCUGUGGCCAUCAUCUACACACUGCUGGGAGGUCUCUACUCUGUGGCCUACACAGAUGUAAUACAGCUUGUGCUCAUAUUCUUCAGCCUGUGGAUCUGUGUUCCCUUUGUUUUGAUGAAUCCAAACACCUUGGACAUUAGCCAGACACUAAUGAACAAUACCUUACACGCUCCCUGGAUUGGUGCACCGAGCCCGGAAAAGGCCUGGAUCAUGAUUGAUGAUUUCUUAUUCUUCGCACUGGGCAGUCUGGGAUAUCAGUGUGUCCACCAGAGGACACUGUCAGCUUCUUCUACAUCCACAGCAAAGAUCACUUGUUUUGUUGCUGCUUCAAUCAUUCUUAUAUUUUGGAUACCGCCUAUACUGCUUGGGGCAGCAGCUGCAUCCACAGACUGGAACCAGACCACCUAUGGUUCACCAUCUCCGUAUGAACGUGGGGAAUCAGCUCUAGUUCUGCCCAUCACCCUGCAGCACCUCACCCCCACUUACAUCUCCAUUAUCGGUAUCGGAUGUGUGGCUGCUGCUGUGAUGUCAUCAGCUGACUCGGCGUUGCUUUCUGCAUCAUCUAUCUUCACCUCCAACAUAUACAAGAACAUCCUGAGGCCUCAGGCAUCAGACAGAGAGACUCAGUGGGUGAUCCGUGCUUCUGUGUUGGUAGUGGGUGUGGUUGGUACAUCACUAACCAACCUGAAAAACAGCAUAAUAACAUUCUGGUUUACUGCUGCUGAAGUGACCUACAUCCUAAUCUUCCCUCAACUCAUCUGCGUCCUCUUCUUUGACAUCUCUAAUGGUUACGGAGCUGUUAUGGGAUUGCUGGUAGGAUUUUCGUUAAGACUGCUCAGUGGAGCUCCAUCACUAGGGUUAGUACCAGUCAUACACUUCCCAGGAUGCACUCUUGAGGAUGGUGUUUAUGUCCAGUACUCUCCAGUUAAGACCAUCGCCAUGCUGUCUGCCAUUGCUGCCAUCUUGUUGUUCUCCUACCUGGUUUCUAAUCUUUUUAACAAAGGACGACUUCCUGAAAAGUGGGAUGUGUUCAAAGUGAAAGUCCAGCACUCGCCACAACCACUGACACCAACAGACGGCACCACAGAACAUAAUGAGAGGGAGAAUUUACAUGGAAACAACAAUCACUAUGCUGCAUCAGAGCCAAUGAUGAGCACAGGCUGUUAG